CUUUUUUCCUGUGCAUAUACGAGUACAUCAAGACUUUAAUUGACUUUGUCUUGUCCCUUGUUGAUAGUGUAUUUUAAUGUGCUUGUGUCUAUGUCUUUAUCAGUGGAUGGAAAAUGGCAAACUACACUGUGAAUAAUGUAGACAGCUUCAUCAUCACUGGAUUUGAUCACCUGCAGAACCAAAAGCUCCUCGGAUUCCUCGUCUUAAUAACCUACAUGCUCAUAUUGCUUGGGAACGGCAUCAAUCUGUGUAUCAUCUUGACUGACAGACAUUUACAUAAACCAAUGUACAUAUUAAUCUGUAAUCUAGCCGUUGUUGACAUAAUGUACUCCUCUACCUGCAGCACAACCAUGAUCUCAGUGCUGCUGGCUGAGAUUAACACUGUGUCAUACUACUCGUGUAUCUCAAGAACAUACUUCUAUCAUCUUGGUGAUUACACAGAGUGCAUGGCUCUGACAUUAAUGGCAAUUGACCGACUUAUUGCGAUUAGUCUACCAUUAAGGUAUCACAGCAUUGUAACAAAUUCUCGAACCCUUCUGCUUAUUUUUGUGAUCUGGAUCAGUGGUUUUGCUGUACUAGGUUUUGUGAUAUCAGUGUUAGACAGUGUCCCAUACUGUCAGCCUGUUAUCAGAUAUGUCUUUUGUGAAUAUGCUGCCAUGAUUAGAGCUGCUUGUGUGAAUCCUGAACCAUAUUUUUUCUUACCUGCAAUGUUAAGUCUGUGGCCAAUGUGUGGACAAUUUCCCUUUAUAAUGUGCACUUAUGCUGUGUUGGCAUAUAAUGUGACCAAACUCUCCAACAACUCAAGCAGAAAGCAAAUGAUCAACACUUGUUUGAGUCACCUCAUUGUUCUGCUCAGUUUUUAUGCACCAAAGCUAGUCUCAGCGUUACUAACUCGAAUAGGAGUUGUGCUAAAUUUAACAGAGCGAAACGCAAUUUUGAUUGUAGCCUCUCUUGUUCCUCCCUUGAUAAAUCCCACAGUUUAUUGCACCCGGACUAAGGAGAUCAGGAAACGAUUAGCACAUAUAUUUUUGCACAAAAAAAUAGAACCAAAUCAUUUAAAGUCAAUAUCAAAAGCUUUAUCAAGUUAAUUUUGAUUGUAAUGA